AUGUUGGGCGGCGACCUGGGGAACUCGAACGGAGCGUGCCCGAGCCCCGUCCCUAACGGCUACAUCAGUGCGCGGGCCUCCCCUGGUCUGCUCUCAGUCUCCAAUGGGAACAGCAUGGGCAAAGCCAAGUCCCCACCGCCCCACAGUCCUCAGAUGGUCAACAGCCGCAAACCGGACCUAAGAGUCAUCACCUCCCAGGGCGGGAAGAGCCUCAUACAACUGACAGAGGAAGAGCUGGAGCUGGUGAGCGAGAAUGCACAGCGGCUAGGGGGCUCCCAGAUGGCACAGUCGCUCUCAACACCGGUGGUCUCCGUGACGACGCCCAGUCUCUUGGCUCCGUUCUCCGGGAUACAGGCCUACAACACCGAGUACCAGCUCAUGAGUGCCGACCUCACCGCGCUGCAGACCUUCUCACCCCCGGGCCUGGUGCCUGGCAACAUGGCUGCCUGGCAACAGCAGCAGCAGCAGCACCAGCAGCAGGGACAGGCUCAGCAUCAGCAGAUCAGCCUGGGACCCCUCAGCAACCUCAUCCCGGUCAGCCACCUCUCUCCCGGCACGGCCCUGUCAAUCAACACCAACGUCAGCAUCAAAACAGAACCCGUGUCCCCCAACCGCGACCGCAGCACCCCCAACUCCCUCAGCCAGGCCCUCAACCACAUCAACCACAUCCAGAUCCCCGGAGGCUCCUCCCAUCAAGGCCUGGUCUCAAUCUACCCCGGGGCCCUGAGGCUGGACGCGGGGGGCCAGGGCCGAUCCCCCGUGGACUCCCUGAGCAGUAACGGCAGCUCGUACGAGGGCAGCGGCGAGCGCGAGGCCUUGGAGUUCGGGCAGCACCAGCAGGGGGCGCUAGUGCAGCAGCAGCAGCAACAGCAGCAGCAGCAGCAGCAGUCGAUGAUCCUGCUGAGGCCGUCGUCUGCGGAGCCACAGGACCAGGACGGGGCCAGUGUGAAGAGGAUGAGACUGGAUGCGUGGGUGACAUAG